UUUUAUGCUACUCAGUUAUCGAAUUUCGGGAAACUUACAAACCAAAAACAUAGACAUAUGUACAAAAAUAAUCUAAGAAUCUAACCAGAUGGCUUCAAGUAAUAGUACAUAUUCAAACUCCAUGCAGUUUUCGUCGGUUGAUUAUUCUUAUUAUCACGACUCUGCAAAUAACAUUAAUAAAUCUAAUGAUAUUGUAAUUAACUCUGAUGUCACGGAUACAAUUCUUUCUGUCUACUGGAAAAAUGGCAUCUUGGGAGCCGCAUCAUUUAAUAGUAAUCUGUCUGAAAUACAAAUAUUGCACGAUGUUUUAGAAAGUAAUUUAGACUUUAAAAUUUUGAACUCUCUAUUUAUGCAAGUCAGACCAGCAAAUGUUGUAGUAUGUAAUUUACAAGACGGAACAUUUUUAAAAAUAAUUAAACAAUUAGCUCAUACAGGCAAAAUAAAUACAUAUUCUAGUCCAACUAACAACGAUGAUCAUAAAUCAGAUGAAAAAAUACAUAUAUUGGCGAAACAAUGUUUCAAAUUUAAGACUUGUGAGCAAUUAGUCUUAUCCAUGCCAUUGGCUUCUGCACCUAAAAACGAAGACUCGCGAAAACGUUAUAUACGUAGUUUAGUUGAUUUCACUCGAGAAUUAGGUGUAUGUGCAUUAGGUGCAUUAUUAUAUUUCCUAGAUACACCGGUGGCAAAAUUAAAUUUGCCAAAUAACUUCUCCAUAAUGUCAUUAAAAAUUCUUAACAUGGAUGAUUUGGUUUGGAUUGGUAUUAGUACAUACGAAUCAUUGCAAAUAUUUUCGGCUCGUGAACACCCAUCUGCAUACAAAUGGACUAAAAAUUCAACUAAAGAAGGUCCAAGCAUUUAUAGUUUAUUAAACAGAUGUAAUUCAAUUAUAGGUUCUAAAUAUUUAAAGAAUAUUUUAGCACAACCAACCAAAAAUCUUAGCGUGCUAAAAUAUAGACAUGAAGUAAUAGAAUUUUGCAUAAAACCGUGCAACAAAAAUGUAAUCCACUCAUUGAUAAAUUGUAUCAAACGCUGUCGUUGUGUGUUAUCUGCUAUGGUGAAAAUUAAUGGAGGUAAUGCUUCAAUAUAUCAGUGGAAAUUAUUAUAUCAAACAGUUAUAAAUGCUGUAACAAUUGGAGAAAUAUGUGAAAGAUAUUCUGAAGAAAUUAUAUUUUUUAGAAAGAUUAAAAAUAUAUUGAAAGAUAGUUUAUACACCAUGAUUAACUCUAUGUCAUGUAUAAUUGAUUUUGAACAAUCAACUAUAAAAGAUCAAUUUAUUGUUAAACUUGGAUUCGUACCAGAACUCGAUGAAAAAAAAUCAAAAAUCAAUAAUAUUACCGAAGUAUUAGAUGAAAUAACGUUACAAGAACUACAAGAUUUGCCUUCAUACAUUGGUAAGUGUUCCAUUCGCAAAAUGCCAGAAAUUGGAUUUUUAUUGUGUCUUCCAUUUUGGAAGCCUUCUGAUGAAAUGACUGAAAAUGAUUUUGAAAUCCAUAAUUUGGAAUUUAAGUUUCGAUUGACAAAUAAUGUAUAUUACAAAACGUCACGAUGUUAUGAACUAGAUAAGAUUUAUGGACAAAUUGAAUCUAAUAUUAUUCAAGAAGAAAUUCAAAUUAUGAUAAAAUUAAGUGAACUUAUUACACAACAUUGGAUAGGAGAUUUAUAUGUAAUUUUAAAAUUAAUUGCUGAACUAGAUUGUUUAAUAGGUUUUGCAGAUGUUGCUCAAGAUUUAAAAUUAAUAAAACCUAUAAUACUCCCAAAAGAAUGUUGUAAAAUAAAUAUAGUCAAUGGUCGACACAUUUUGCAAGAAAAAUAUGUGGAUAAUUUUAUACCUAACAGUUAUAAUUCUUCAAAAUUUAAUCAACCUGUUAAAAUUAUAACAGGGUUUAAUUCAAGUGGAAAGAGUAUUUACUUAAAACAGGUAGCACUAAUAUCAUAUUUAUGUCAUAUUGGAUGUUAUGUACCUGCAGAAUACAUGGAAAUUAGUGUAUUAGAUCAUAUUCACACAAGAAUCCAAUCAACUGAAUCUGUAAGCACUUUAAUGUCAGCUUUUAUGAUUGAUUUAAAACAAAUGUCGGAGGCAUUAAAUGAAUCAACAUGUGAAUCUCUUGUAAUAUUAGAUGAAUUUGGAAAAGGUACUUCUGAAAUUAAUGGAUUAGCUUUACUACUCGCAAGUAUAAGUCAUUUUUUACAAAGACCAUUGAAUUUGUUACCGCAUGUCUUAAUUUCAACACAUUUUCAUUCAUUGCCAAAUUUUCUUUGCCAAAUAGUAAACAAAGAUAUAUUAUAUCAUAAUAUAAAAUAUUUAAUCAUGAGUCACAAGAUAGAAAAUUCCAAAAUAAUAUGCUUAUUUAAAGUAGUUGAUAAAAUUGAGGAUCAAAAUAUUAGUAUGGCACACAGUAUUGCAGCCUUAAACGGAUUGCCAAUGUGUAUUGUUCAAAGAGCUACUCAGGUUCUUCAGUUACUUCAAAAUGAAGAAUGUGUUAAUCCAAUGAUUGAUAAUUUGAGAUAUAAGUUAUUUAUUAGAAGAAAACAGUUUAUUGAAAAAGUGCUUGACCUUAUGCAAGACAAAAUCACAAAUAGUACAUAUAAAAGUCUGUUGAGUGAUUUGGAAAACAUAAGAUAUCCAUGAAAUAUUUCAUGUAAAGUUAAUUACUUUUGUUAUAUUUACCUUAUUCAAACUUUAACAACAUAAAUAAUAUUAUAAAAUGUAUAAACAAUUGGAAUAAUAACAUAUGCAAUUAAAUUCAAACUUAACUCUAUUUCAUAAUAAUA